AAGAAUAAGGUUAGUGAAAUCUCUGUUGUUUGUUUUUAACUAAAAUUAAAAGAAAAAUACAACUAAUUAAAAGCCGGAUAAUGUCAGAAGAUGCGGCUAGCACCUCGGCCUUUGGCUUUAAAAAGCGCACUAUAAAUAAAGGAGCCGCAAUGCGUCGUAAAAAAGAAAGCAGCAGCAGCAACGAAUCAGCAAGGAGCAGCGAUGAAGAGGUAAAAGGCAAAGCCAGUGCUUUAGUGCGAGCCGAAAACCGCAGGAAGCGCACGAACCCUAACUUUCAGAGCACCAAGACGUUGAACAAGGCGAAGCGGCAGGCUGGAGCACCCGAUGAAGAUGCCACAUCCUCGGCCUCCGAUGAUGAUAAACUGGGCAUCGCCUACAAGUCCAAGCGCGAGGCGCUGCCCAGUGGUCCGCAGGAUCAGGGAGCCACAUCCAUCAAUGAAGUGGAUACGGAAUUGGACCGCGAUGCACAGGCAAUCCAUGCUCGUGCCCUGAAAAUCAACGAGGAACUCGAAGGCAAGGCGGACGAUAAGAAAUAUCGCGGAAUCAACAACUAUGCGCAAUACUACAAAAAACAAGAUACGGCGGCGGGCAACGCAAGCUCCGGAAUGGUUAGAAGUGGGCCAAUUAGGGCACCUGCCCAUCUCAGAGCCACGGUAAGGUGGGAUUACCAGCCGGACAUAUGCAAGGACUACAAGGAAACGGGUUACUGCGGCUUUGGUGACAGUUGCAAAUUUUUGCACGAUCGCAGUGAUUAUAAAGCUGGCUGGCAAUUGGAAAUGGAUCACGAGAACCAGCGGAGGGGAGAUGGUGACUCUGAUGGCGAUGAUGGCAAGUACGAGAUUCAUUCGGACGAGGAGACCCUGCCUUUCAAGUGCCACAUCUGUCGACAGAGCUUCGUUAAUCCCGUGGUAACGAAAUGCAAACACUAUUUCUGUGAAAAGUGCGCCCUGGCACAGUACAAAAAGUCACAGCGCUGCAUCAUCUGCUCCCAGCAAACAAAUGGCAUUUUCAAUCCCGCCAAGGACCUGAUUGCUCGCCUUAAGACGAAUCCGAUGGAGAACUCGGACAGCGAUGACGAGGAGCUCGGAGCGAAGGACGUGAAAAGCGGCGAGGACGUGGAAACUCAGGAGAUUUCCUCCGAUGAAAGCGAUUAAAAUAAAUUCAAAACCAACGGGUUCAGUUUCAUAUCCAUAAGUUUGCGUAAGGCAACCGAAUCUUUAGCAGGCAAGACAAUGGUUAUGUAGCUUGCUUCUGUUAUUCACUGAUAAAACUUUCAUAGUUUUAGUGGUAAGAAUAUAUUAAACUAAUGUACAUUAAAUGUUUUCUACGUAUUUUAAAUGAAAUUCAACUUACUAUGAAUUUUUUACAAUUCCGUAAAAAAUAUUUAUCCUCGUUUUUUACAUGUAAAAAAAUUGUAAAGUAAAGUAUCAUAAGAGAUA